AUGUCUGCAUUCCUCGCCCGCCGCACCGUCUCCGCCGCCCUCGGGGCACGAACGUUCAGCUCGACGACCGCUCGUCCCUUGGCCAAGAUCACCAUCAUCGGCAACCUGGGCGACUCACCCGAGUUGCAUGCCACCAGCACCGGCCGCGAGAUUGUCAAAUACGCCGUCGCCAGCAACCACGGUCCCAAGGACAAUCGCACCACCAGCUGGUUCAACAUCACCAGCUUCCAGUCUGAGGGCCCGGCUCGUGACUAUCUGCAGAGCCUGCCCAAGGGUACAACUGUCUACGUUGAGGGCGAUGCAUCCAUGAGCACGUACACCGACGCCGAAGGCAAAACGAAGAGGUCACUGAACAUUAUUCAGCGCAACAUCGAGGUCCUCAAGCGUCCUGCUGAGCCUGAGCCUGAGCCUUCUUCGUAA